AGUUGAUCCAUCUUGCCCCGCAAUCCACGCGUGGCGCGCACGAAGACGAACAAAGGAAGCCACCAUGGCCAUGACGAGGACAAAGGAAGCUCAAAAAGAGCUCUUAGAGGCCUUGCAUCCGUCAUCAGCAUCUUCUCGAGCUCCUUCGUCAUCCUGCUAGUCGCUUCGUGGCUAUGUCACUCCUCCUCUACGGCUUUGCCUUCGUGGGCCUGCUCCUCUACUCCAUUUGGCCAAAGCGUCGUCUCGCCCCCGGUCCCCCGCGACUCCCAAUAGUAGGCUCCUUGCCAUUCAUCGAUCAGUCAAAGCACCUGCUUGAGCAAGCACCUGCGUGGCGAGAAAAGUACGGCGGAGUGGUCCAAGUGUCCCUCGGAAUGGCCGAUUGGCUCCUCAUCACCAAGGUUGCGGACGCCCGACAGCUGCUGUACGGCACAGCGGUGGAAGAUAGACCGAGACUGAUGCUCUACCAUGACGAAAUCCAUCCUGAACGUUGGCUGGGACCCGCCGCCAAGGCAGACGAGUGGAUCCUGGCCACACGCCGCGUGACGGGCCAGCUGGUCCGUACCGUUGGCGAUCACGGCGGCGAACAUGCUGCCAAGAUGAUGCUCGAAUGGCUCGAGUUCCAUCUCAAGGAGCAGCCCGACUUCGAGCGUACCCUCUGGCACUUCGCCGUAGCCAACGCUCUCGAGUCGGCGUACGGUAUCCAGCUAGAGUCCGCAUCUCAAGCAGCAGAAUUCGACGAGCUCCAAGACUUGAUCGAUACAGGCAGACACAUGAUGACAGCUUUCGAUCCCCAGAGCGAGCCAACGGUAUUCUUUCCCUUCGUGGAGCAUCUCAAUCCGUCCAGAACGAGGACAAUAAAGGCAAGGGGUGCCGCAAUGUAUGCCGAAUGGGAGACGAGGGCAAAAAGAUUGGGUGGGAAGGUGAGGGAAAUGGGCAAGAACGCUAAGGCGAGUCAGUUCGAUCUCGCUGGACGAGACAAGGAGUAUAGCAUGACGGAGGAUGAGCUCGAUUAUCAGGGGGCAUUACUGCUCGUCGGUACGCUCGAUACAGUCUACCAUACGAGCGUGCUCGCUGCCGCGUGCUUUGCGUACUUGGGAGAUGCGCAACAGCAGAUACGCGAAGAAGUUGACGCCCUUUCAGCUCAAGGCGCACCAGCGUCACAGUCACCCAAGCUCGUAGCCUUCCUGCGCGAGACUCUCCGCCUCUAUCCCUUCGCGGCCACGGGUUUCCCCCGCCAGACGAGCAAGCCCCUGCCACUUCCAGGCCGUAGCGACAAGGUCCUGCCCGUAGGGACGGUUCUCGUGCCGCUCACUAUGACUCUCGCCCGUGAUCAAGAGUACUGGGGCCCCGAUGCCGAAGAGCACAACUAUCGACGCUUCAUGGAGGACGACACGCUGAAGGCGCAGCCCUUCCCGGUCUUUGGGUACGGGUAUGGGCGCAGGGCUUGCCCCGGGUAUCGGCUUGCGGAGGUCAUGAUGGCAAACGCCAUCGGAGGCCUACUGAGCCGCUAUGAGUUGAGCUUCGAAGGGAGAGAUAGCGGUGAGACAGAUGCGACUGCCACGCUGGAUGAGACGCUACGAAUCAAGUUGCGGGGGAACGUCUUCAUGAUGGAUCUGCCUCGAUGUCGGACUACGAGGCGGCGAGACUGUCCGAUGUAGCGUAGCUAGUGUGUCCCAUCAAUAUGUACCUUUAGCUUUCUACGAUCUCCACCUCCUACCGUAGAUUGAUUGUGGGCGGGUCAACGUAUCGAGUGCGCUUGGGCCUGGGCGGACGCGGACAGAGAGCCAAGGCGAGGCGAGCAAGUCGAGACUGAUCGGCUGGGCGCAAGCGGAGGGCGGGCGAUGGAUCGAGUGAGCCAAUGGGUGCUUUUCGCCAUCGGCCAUCGUCUGCAAUCUUUCACUUCCUUUUC